CUGCGCUCUCUCCACUUUGUUUCCUUCCCUCUGUCACUUUGGCUCUUCCGCCGUGGACUGGGCCUCUCCUCCGCCGCCCGCCGGCCGUCCUCUUGUCGGAUUCUCCUUCUACCACCAUUGUAUAUAUUCCUUCCUCCUUCUCUUCCUCGUCCGACUGCAAAAGAAACCGCGAGAACUGUAAAAAGGAGACAUGGAGGAGAGGCGCACCGAAUUGACGCAACUCCUCCACCAUUCCUCAGCCUCCUCCUCCGCCGUUACAUCGUCAUCUCUGCCUCCCAGUCCAUUGGAUCCACCCAAUUUCACUCAGCAGUUUCGCCACUUUGCUCCCUGCUUCAGCCUAGAAGCCGUCGACUCGUCCAAAAGGCCAGGCAUUCCGCCGAUCCUUCCUUCUCCGACCUCCUCCUCAACGGUGGCGCUCCCAUUUCACUCACGGUCUCUUUCCCAACCCCUUGGCUUUGAUUCAUUGCCCCACCUGGCUACCCGUACUCCUCCGCCUCGGUCCUUGAUAGUGGACUCCAUGCUAAUCGACGACAGGACGCCUGCUUCUCGUACCCCGGCACCGCGUGAUGGCCUGCCGCCUCGCAGCGCGCACCGCCGCUCCCACAGUGAUGUAGCCUUCGGCCUCCCCUUACCUUCGCACCCGGCGCUCCGGCCUAUGCCCUCCCCGAAGCUAGUAGACAACGGCAUCGCGGAGGUAGUCCGCGUAGGCGACCGCUGCAAAUCCGAAAUAGCAGCUGUGGACGAUUUGAUCAUUGCUUACAUGGACAGCUUGGACACGUUGAACUCUUCCGGAACGGAGGAGAAGCACGAGGAUCUGGUGGAGUGCAGCAGGAUGAGCGGAACGAGGACGAGCGGGGCUGACAGCAGCGAGAAUGAGGCGGAGAGCAGCGUCAACGAGAACUGCGGUGAUGGAGGUUGCAGCAGGGAGAGGAAGGAAGGGAACUUGAGAAGCGCCGCAGGGGAUCUGACGCCAAUUAGUUUCCGGCAUCGAAGGAGUUUCUCCAUGCUACAGUUUGGGGAUGAGUCGCCCAAGUUUCCCACCUCGUCUGGAAAUCAUAUGGGGCAACUAUCACGUGGUGAUUCGAUGGACAAGACAAUGAACACGUUCAAUUUGGAGUUGGGUAAUGGCGAGUUUAACAGCAUUGAGAUGAAGAAGAUUAUGGCAGAUGAGAAACUUGCAGAGAUUGCUUUAGCAGAUCCUAAAAAAGUGAAGAGAAUUUUGGCCAAUCGCCUUUCAGCUGCUCGCUCGAAGGAGCGGAAAAUGCAUUAUAUUUCAGAAUUGGAGCAUAAGGUGCACAUCUUGCAAAACGAUGCCACUAAGUUAUCAGCACAAUUGAUCAUUCUACAGAGGGACUUGGCUGGACUUGCAAGUCAAAACAAUGAGUUGAAAUUACGUCUUCAAGCCAUGGAGCAACAAGCACAUCUGAAAAAUGUCCUGAACGAGGCACUGAGUGCUGAAGUCCAGCGUCUAAAACUUGCCACCGGAGAGAUCAGUGAAACUCCGCCCCCAAAAAACAUGAACCAACAAAUGCAAUUGAGUCCUCAAAUGUUUCAGUUGCAGUCGCUGCUGCAGCAGCAGGAGCAAAAGCAGCAAACUCCUCAGGUUUCUCCAUAUCAAUUGCCAGUGCCACAACAAAAUCAAACCAACUUGGCAGCCAAGCUAGAAUCCAGCAAAUGCUAGCCAUCAAUCAAGGCUUUGACGGCUCGACCGUGGAAAAGGCGCUGGUUUCGUCUACUUGGGGGGUUCCAAUAAGGCAAUAACUAUGAUAUUGAAGCGAAAUAACACAUGAUCACACUCAAGUAUAGAUCAAUAAACUUUACAACAGUUUGACAAUGAUUUUUCUCUAUUCUUUUGGAUUGUUUCUAUAAAAAUUUGCUUGGCACAUGCUAUUGUUUUCCCUAGCAAAGCAAAGUGUCCUGUAUAUCAUUGGCAUUGCUUGAAUUUUAUAUGUAUAA